UGUGUAUUCCUACUUUUGACUGAUUAUUUGUAUUUGAGUAUUGUCACGUCGUGAAGCAUUUUCAGUUUUAUAAUUCGCGAUUUCUGGCGCCCCCUAACGCUGGAAUUCGGCAUUACAACCAAGCCUUCGUCGCUUUGAUAUGACGUCGUCUAAAUGCUUGUCCGGCCUCAUCCGCCUCCUCCCAACCGCGCACGACCUUUGCGACCCCCACCCCCGCGUCUCUUCAAGAGUGCACCUCAAACAUUUUGACACUUUCCAUCUUUACUAAUAAUCCUUCAGCCGAACUAGGAGCAGGCUUUUUCUUAGUGGUAGGAUCCACUUUGGAUGUUUUUGGGGGUUCUCGUCCGACAUGUUGCUUCAAUUGCGUUCUCCUUUCUCUGGCUCGGUCGACCAGCUCGCUGUCCAUAAUUGGGCCUGCCUGUUUAUGGAGAAGCAGCUCUCGGAGGCGGAGGCGCACUGUCAAGAAGAUAACCAAGACGCCACUGAGCCUGAAGCCCGAGCAGGCUGGAACAGUAAAAUCGAGUACUUUUUGGCUCAAGUGGGUUUCAGCGUUGGGCUUGGCAACGUCUGGAGGUUUCCGUAUUUGUGCCAUCAAAAUGGAGGAGGAUCUUUUUUGUUGCUCUAUGUGCUGAUGAUGCUGGUUGUGGGUAUUCCCUUGUUCUUCCUGGAGCUGGCUGCCGGUCAGGCCAUCCGGCAGGGAAGCAUCGGCGUGUGGAAGUCCAUCUCCCCACGGCUUGUAGGGAUUGGCUACUCCAGCUGUGUGGUCUGCUUCUUUGUGGCUCUCUACUACAACGUAAUCCUCGCAUGGAGCCUUUUCUACCUCGGCAACUCCUUUCAGUCCCCUUUACCUUGGACAACGUGUCCAGAGGAGGCGAACGUGACGCUUUACAAAUGUCAGGCCAACUCCACGACGUCCUACUUUUGGUACCGCAAAGCGUUGGACAUCAGCGACUCCAUCAACGACACGGGCUCGUUCAACCCGUACAUCGUCGGAUGUCUGCUGGCCGCCUGGACCGUCGUGUGCCUGGGAAUGUUCAAGGGGAUCAAGAGCUCCGUCAAGGUGAUGUAUUUCUCCUCCAUCUUUCCCUACGUGGUGCUGUUCUGCUUCCUUGUGCGAGGUCUUCUCCUUGACGGGGCCUUGGAAGGAAUCACCUACAUGUUCUACCCCAAGAUGGAGCUCUGGGCCAAUAUGCAGGUGUGGCGCCAGGCGGCCACCCAGGUCUUCUUCGCUCUGGGCUUGGGCUUCGGAUCCAUUAUCGCUUAUUCGUCCUACAACCCCAAGAGCAACAACUGCCACCGCGAUGCCUACACCGUGUCGUUCAUCAAUUUCUUCACAUCAGUGCUUGCCACCCUGGUGGUGUUCGCCGUGCUCGGCUUCCGUGCCAAUAAGAUUGUCUUGGAGUGUGUUGUGAGGAACCUGAAGCUGCUGUUGGUGCAGGCCCAAAGCGGUGAUGUGGACCAAAGCAUGUUGCCAAGCUUCAACCACUCGGACCCGGGCUCUUUCGGCCUGGAGGCGUACAGGAGCUGGUUCGCACAACACAAAAGCCACCUCCCAGACAACAUAUCUGAGUGCGACCUGGAAAAGGAGAUGCAGAAGGGUGUGCAGGGGACGGGCCUCGUUUUCAUCGUCUUCACCGAGGCCAUGUCUUUGUUGCCCGGUAGUCCCUUUUGGUCUGCGCUCUUCUUCCUCAUGCUGCUCAACUUGGGCCUCAGCACCAUGUUCGGCACCAUGGAAGGCAUCCUGGCCCCGCUCACGGACCGCUUCAAGACUCUGGCGAACAACAAGACCAAAUUCACAGUUUUGAGCUGCCUCAUCGGCUUCCUGAUUGGCCUGCUGUUCACCCAACGCUGCGGGAACUACUUCGUCAUGAUGUUCGACGAUUACUCAGCCACUUUGCCUCUCAUCAUCGUGGUGGUGUUUGAGAAUUUCAGCGUGUCUUGGCUAUAUGGCGCCGACAGGUUUCUGGACGACAUCGAGGGGAUGCUGGGUUGGCGUCCGUCUGCGGUCUACAAGUACCUGUGGAAGUACAUUUGCCAGCCGGCCAUGUUGGCACUGCUCGGAGCUACGAGCAUUCGCAUGUUCAUCAAUGCGCCAACUUACAUGGAGUGGCAUCAAGAGACGGUUUCUGAGCGGGCGGUGCCAUACCCGGGCUGGGCUCUGGCCGUCUUAGCCUCGCUCAUCAUAUUUGCCAUGUUGCCCGUCCCGCUGGGCUUCGUCUACACUCUUGUCCAGGACAGGAACAGGGCUCGCUCCGGCGGGAUAGCGGCGGACGAGUACAGAAUUGUCAGCACCAAGAGUGAAACCCCCAUGGCCGAUGUGUCGAACGUCAACCAGUGGAGCGGGGACGCGGCUUCAGCCUAAAUCGGGAUGUUCGGAUCACAUUUCUUCGGUACAAAAUGACCUAUCCAAAGUUAACAUUUGCACUUUGAGCGAGUCAAUUUGUUUUUCAAGUAUGUGGCCUUUGAGCAACACAAUUUCAUUUUGGGAUGUUUCAUGGGCUCAUUGCCAUAACGGGUCCACGUGAGGUUGCUUUAGUUCAGUAACGCUGAGCCGAAAUUUCAGCAGCCAUAUGACGUACUGCAUUCUCGAUAUGGAAGAUUCAGGCCGCUGUAUUCAUUCCCAUUACCCACAGUUACAAAGAUACGCUUACUUUGUGUUGCCGUGGCAACAUCGUAUUCAUUGACCAACAUUAGUGAUUCACGGUCCUUUGUCGAGGUUGUUUACAAGUGUGAUUGAUGUUUUUCCUCCGUCUUGAUCGGAUGAAAAUGCCAACCCGAAACUCUUUUCUAUGUGAAUAAUUAAUGUGAGACAAAUGAAAUCAUGAGCCUCUCGGUCAUUCGUGAGUUUUUAUAAAUACAACCCCAAUUCCAAUGAAGUUGAGACGUUGUGUUAAACAUAAAUAAAAACAGAAUACAAUGAUUUAAUUGAAUACACUACAAAGACAAGAUAUUUAACGUUCAAACUGAUAAACUUUGUUUUUAGCAAAUAUUCAUUCACUUCGAAUUUUAUGGCUGCAAUGCGUUCCCAAAAAAGUUGGGACAGGGUCAUGUUUACCACUGUGUUCCAUCACCUUUUCUUUUAACAACAUUCAAUAAACGUUUGGGAACUGAGGACACUAAUUGUUGACGCUUUGUAGGUGGAAUUCUUUCCCGUUCUUGCUUGAUGUACACCAUCAGCUGUUCAACAGUCCGGGGUCUCUGUUGUCGUGUUUUACGCUUCAUAAUGCGCCACACAUUUUCAAUGGGAGACGGGUCUGGACUGCAGGCAGGCCAGUCUAGUACCCGCACUCUUUUACUACAAAGCCACGAUGUUGUAACACGUGCAGAAUGUGGUUUGGCAUUGUCUUGCUGAAAUAAGCAGGGGCGUCCAUGAAAAAGACAUUGCUUGGAUGGCAGCACAUGUUUCUCCAAAAGCUGGAUGUAUCUUUCAGCAUUAAUGGUGCCUUCACAGAUUUGUAGGUUACGCAUGCCAUCGGCACUAACACAGCUCCAUACCAUCACAGAUGCUGGCUUUUGAACUUUGCGUCCAUAACAGUCCAGAUGGUUCUUUUCCUCUUUGGCCCGAAGGACACGACGUCCAUAAUUUCCAAAAACAAUUUGAAAUGCGGACUCGUCGGACCACAGAACACUUUUCCACUUUGCGUCAGUCCAUCUUAGAUGAGCUCGGGCCCAGAGAAGCCGGCGGCGUUUCUGGGUGUUGUUGAUAAAUGGCUUUUGCUUUGCAUAGUAGAGUUUCAAGUUGCACUUACGGAUGUAGCGCCGAACUGUAUUUACUGACAUUGGUUUUCUGAAGUGUUCCUGAGCCCAUGUGGCGAUAUCCUUUACACAUUGAUGUCGGUUUUUGAUGCAGUGUCGCCUGAGGGAUCGAAGGUCACGGGCAUUCAAUGUUGGUUUCCGGCCUUGCCGCUUACAUGCAGUGAUUUCUCCAGAUUCUCUGAACCUUUCGAUGAUAUUAUGGACCGUAGAUGAUGAAAUCCCUAAAUCCCUUGCAAUUGUACGUUGAGGAACAUUGUCCUGAAACUGUUGGACUAUUUUCUCACGCACUUGUCCACCAAGAGGUGAACCUCGCCCCAUCUUUGCUUGUGAAUGACAAAGCUCCUUUUCUACCCAAUCCUAGCGCACGCCUGUUCCCAAUUCGCCUGUUCACCUGUGGGAUGUUCCAAACAGGUGUUUGAUGAACAUUCCUCAACUUUCUCAGUCUUUUUUGCCACCUGUCCCAUCUUUUUUGGAACGUGUUGCAGCCAUAAAAUUCUAAAUGAAUGAUUAUUUGAUAAAAACAAUAAAGUGUAUCAGUUUGACCAUUAAAUAUCUUGUCUUUGUAGUGUAUUCAAUUAAAUAUAGGUUGAACAUGAUUUGCAAAUCACUGUGUUCUGUUUUUAUUUAUGUUUAACACAACGUCCCAACUUCAUUGGAAUUGGGGUUGUAGAAAUGUAUUAUGUGGGCCAUUUUUAGUAACCCGUCCUUUCAAAGCUUUCAGGGAUUAUUAUGAUGGUCAAGGAAGAAGCCUAUUUAUUUUUGAAUGCUGUUUGUAAAAAUCGGUUUCACUCCACAGGUCAUAUUUUCAGUUUUCAACAUGAAGACAUUGUCCAAACUCUAAUUCCAAUGCAUGUUGGACUAUUGGGAUUUUUAUAGCUUUUUUUUUUUUUUUUUUUUUUUUUUUUAAUAGGUUUAUUAGAGCUAAGGUGUCGUUUCAUGUACAUGUUUACUGCUUAAGAUGAAUGUACAUAUGUCAAGUGGCCUUAAUUUUGUUUAAAAAAAACAAACAAACAAAAAACUUUGUGGCAUGUAAAGUUUUGAACAUUUGAACAAAGGUGUACAGUCAAUGGAAUUUGCCUUUAUGUCAUGUUUUUUAUGAAAACUUUUUCUCAUUAAAGCAGUUCUUUGAACACA